CCCAGUAGCCAGGGGUUGAGCGCUCUCACCUUUCACGCGUGAGUCGCAAGUUCUCGGUUCACCCCGAGCGCCGCGGCGCCCAGGACCAACCAGAAUGGCUACUCCUAGAGCUGCCCCUAGCGGUUGCCGCUCAGACCUGGAUUCCAGGUACCACAGACUUUGUGACCUGGCGGAAGGCUGGGGCAUCGCCUUGGAAACACUGGCUGCAGUCGGGGCUGUGGCUACCGUGGCUUGCAUGUUUGCACUCGUUUUCCUCAUCUGCAAAGUGCAGGACUCCAACAAAAGAAAGAUGCUCCCCACCCAGUUCCUCUUCCUCCUGGGAGUGCUAGGGGUCUUUGGCCUCACCUUCGCCUUCAUCAUCAAGCUGGAUGGGGCCACAGGACCCACGCGCUUCUUCCUCUUCGGAGUCCUCUUCGCCAUCUGCUUCUCUUGCCUCCUGGCCCACGCUUUCAACUUGAUCAAGUUGGUCCGAGGGAGGAAGCCCCUGUCGUGGCUUGUGAUCCUCAGCCUGGCGGUGGGCUUCAGCCUGGUCCAGGAUGUCAUUGCCAUUGAAUACCUGGUCCUCACCAUGAACAGGACCAACGUCAAUGUCUUUUCUGAGCUGCCUGCUCCUCGGCGCAAUGAGGACUUUGUCAUGCUCCUCAUUUACGUGCUCCUCUUGAUGGUGCUGACCUUCUUCGCAUCCUUCUUGGUUUUCUGUGGAUCCUUCUCUGGCUGGAAGAGACACGGGUUCCACAUAUGCUUCACCUCGUUCCUCUCCAUCGCCAUCUGGGUGGCCUGGAUCGUUCUGCUCCUGAUUCCCGACAUUGACCGGAAAUGGGAUGAUACCAUUCUCAGCACAGCCUUGGUGGCCAAUGGCUGGGUUUUCCUGGCGUUUUAUAUCUUGCCCGAGUUUCGACAGCUUCCAAGGCAACGGAGCCCCACUGAUUACCCAGUUGAAGAUGCUUUCUGUAAACCUCAGCUCAUGAAGCAGAGCUAUGGUGUGGAGAACAGAGCCUACUCCCAAGAGGAAAUCACCCAAGGUCUUGAGAUGGGGGACACACUCUAUGCACCUUAUUCCACCCAUUUUCAGCUGCAGAAUCACCAAAAAGAUUUCUCUAUCCCGAGGGCCCAGGCCCCGGCCAGUCCGUACAAUGACUAUGAAGGGCGCAAAGGCGACAGCUAACUGUUGGGAAGAGUGGGACAACCAGAGGCAGGUAGCAGGUCCAGCCAGGAAUCCUGCUGAUGUGAACUGAACCCAGGGCAUCCUAGGGAAACUGUACAGAGAGGCUUGCAACCUGCCCAGCACACCGCCAUCUUGCCUGGGGCUGCUAAGCCU